AUGCAACCGUCCUGGAUCUGAAGAACGCCAUCCGCAGAUUCAUGGAGCUGAAACAACAACGUGAAGGCGGAGUGAAACAAGUCAGCUGGAGAUAUGUUUGGAGAACUUUUCUGUUAAUAUUUCAAGGGGAAAAGCUUGACGAUGACAAGAUGAGGCUUAAGGAGUAAGUGCAUGAAAUAAUCCCCUCUGUCACGUGUUAUCAUCUGCACCGUUUGACUUUGUUUCUCUGUUCAGCUAUGGGAUCAGAAACAGGGAUGAAGUGACGUUCAUGAAGAGACUCAGGAAAAAGUGAAACGACCCACCCAACGCUUGAAACGUCAGGCGAAAAACAAAGUUCCUGCAGUGUGUGCUGGGACCCCCUGCCACGCAGACAUCAAAUGACUUUCACAAAGUUCUCAUGAGUACGACUUGCUUGAGGCAGUCGGGACAUCUUAGUAUAAAAUGAGCACGCUUCUCGAAGAGGCUACAUGUAAAUAAAUCUUGAGUUGUGAUUUUGUAAAGUUUUCUACAAACAUUAAAACAUAUUAAAGUUUGUUGGUGUUUUACUUGCAUGACAACAAGAGCAUUCUGUAACAUUUUCCAGAGAGGUCAGCUGUGAACUGAGGAUUUGAAUAUUUCCUGGUAUGAGUAAACACUACCAGCCUUUGUUGACCUGGUUUGAAUAUUAACUGUACGAGAGACACUGGGAGCAGCUGAUGAAAUACGCCUCCACCAUGACUUCUUCAGAAAGCGAGCUGAACAAGAUUUCCACAGAGCUCAAACACCUUUCACUCAAGAGACAACAACUUCUGGAGAGGAAAAAACUCCAGUGCAUAUUUCAGGAGUUGCAGAAUCGUGUUCAACUUGAACAGCCAGAGGAGGGUGACCCGUAUCAGCAUGAGAUUGACAGCAUUGAUGACAAACUGAAUCAACUGGCAGAGAGGAAGGCAGAGCUCCAGAAGAACCACGACAACAUGGUCUACGGGAACGAUGAGAAGAACAGCCUGAAAGAGAUCACCUCCAUCCAGAAGGUUGUGCCUGACGGUCCUGGAAUUUUCUUUGUUGAGCACCCGGAUUUUCCCGCGCCUACAGUGAUUCUGGACCUGGAGAACCUUCCCCCCCGCCCCACCAGGACGCAGUGUCCUGAGUGUGAGCAGUUCAUCACGACAGAGACGUUCACCUCCAUCAGCAGCGUCACUUGGCUCAUGUGUUUCAUGACGGCUUUAAUUGGUUGCAUUGCUGGUUGUUGCCUCAUUCCCUUCUGCAUGGAUAGAUUCAAAUCCACCACACACAGAUGUCCCAAGUGUCGAACGUCAAUCAUAACUAUUAAACAGCUGUGAGAGAAAAGCAGUUGGUAAGAACUUGAACCUGAAAGAGUAUCAGACUUAAUAAUGGUGAUGUAGCAUACAGCAGCACUUGCAGAUUUGUUUGUGUUUACUAUCAUCAUGAGCAUUGAAUAUGAGUGGUUGAAGGAUGACGCUCAUGUCAGAGGGACAAACUGGUGUCUGUAUUUAUCCUAGAUUUAUGGAUAUUUUAGACAAGGACAUUACGUGACAUCCAUUUUUUCAAAGCAGACAAGCAGACCUCUAAUUCAAUCAUUUUGAAAUUAUAAUCUGCUUUUACAGGCUAAUAAGUGAGUUUGUCUUUGGUGUUACCAGUUAAUUAAUGACACAAACAUCUCAUUAUAGCACAUAAUCCUUUUAAAGAGUGACAUUUGGAUUGUCAGAAAAAGCACUAAUGUUCUUAUAGGAUAACUAUCAAAAAAAGUGUCAUCGUCAUCAGUCCUUUUUACAACACCUUCCUCUACAUUCACAUGAGUUCGUUAACAGUUCUUCCGAUAACCUUCAGAGGCAGACAGUGAAUUCCUUUAGAAUUCAACAGUGGUGCAUCAUGCUGUGUAUAUGGUUACUUUGAUACUAAAUGUUAUUUUUCUUAUGUGGGAGGUCACCAAUUACGCAAAAUCCACUUUUUCAUGUGUUUUGUACAUACAUAUGUGUCCCCUCUGUGUUAAGAGAUUCGGAAAGCUUCAGGAAAAAAGAUUCUCUCUCUUUUUGUCCUGAUCCAUUUAUAUAAAAACCUGUCUGAAAAUCAGCUGAUCAGAUUUUGGCAACUUUGUGAUGUGACAACUGUUUUAUUGGUUGUGCAACCAGCCAAUAACCAACCAUGGUAACACCCACCUUAUCACCUGAAUCUCCUCCUAGAGCACCAUUGUUUUUUUUUCAACCAAUCACUUCGCAGAGGGGCGUGGCCAGCAGCAGCUCAUGGCAUUUAAAGGUACAGACACAGAAUCAGCACUUUUGGAACAGGGCAGAAAUAGAGGGGUUUAUGGCAUGCUACAAUUAUCUGUUUGGUAUUUCGAGCCAAACACUUUGGAGAAAUGUUUUGUAUAGAUCUGGGACCUAUAAUAUAUUGUAUAAAAAGCAUUUAAUAGGGGACCUUUAAUGAAAAGGAAAGCGGUCAGACCACAGACCUUUCUGCUGCAAAGGCUGGGUAUGGCCAGCAGAUGUCACUAUAAUACAGAUCAACUGUAUUGCUGUUUUAGUGUGAGGUGAGUGAACAACCCAAAUGAGCAGUGGUUCAUACUGAUGGAUGUUGUUUCUCCUCUGUAGGAUGACUGUGUUGGUCUGUUGUUACAUUGUAAUGCUGCACAGAGAUGAAUAAACUACCUAAACAAAAACCAAGCAGGCAU